GCCGGGCGCUGCCAAAUGCCCAGGACCGUUCCUGCGCUCGCCGAUCGAUCUCCUGCUCGCAGGAGGAGAAGAAAGGACGAGACGUUGGCGGCGAAGUGACGUGAGUGUAGAGGAGGAGCAGCAGGAGCAGAAGGUUCUUGUGCUCGGAGCGAAUGGUGGAGAACCCUGAAGACGGGGAGAGGGAGGAGCAGGAGGAGGAUUGGACCGAUGCUGCGCAGAAUUGGCCGCCUCGGGCUUGCGGCGAUCGAUCGGCAGCAGGGCCGGGAAGCUCAAGUGCAUGGAUUGGUAGUGGAUCAGUCGUUCGUAUCGCAACCUUUGGUGUUCCGGGUCACGGCCGAGAGGAAAUCGUCGAGGAGAUGCGGAUGUUUCGCUGAGCGGCGGUGGAAUGGAAGCGACUCUUCACAGCUUGUGUGAAUGAGCGAAUGAAGGAAUGAAUUGAAUGAAUUGAGUGAAUGAAUGAAGGAAGGAAUGAUCGCAUGGAUGGAUGACUGGAUGGGUGAAAGAAUUUUGAGGUCGUCGAGUGAGCGAGUUUGUAUGGAUAUUUAGUUGGUCCUCGGGGCGGAAGAGCAGGCAGGAAAUGCUUGGGAGGUGCCCCGGUCCGAAUUUGGGGAUCGAUUGAGUCCCUUUUCCGAGAGAAUUGUCGCCGGUGUUUGUGGGGGCGGGGCUCAUGGAGGCACUGCGGGGUGAGGACUCGGUAGCUUUCGACGAUGAAAGCGCCGAAGAAAAUUAUCAGUCUGCGAGUGAUCUGGUUCUGAUGAGUCCCGUCGGAGUUGCCGAAAUGGUGGAUACGGUAAUGAGCACGGUGAAAGCUGCCGUGGACAAGUUGCCUCAUUUAAGCUUGGGGUCCGAAGGGGAAGAGAGUUUAAGGAAGGAAGUUUCGAUUUCGGAUGGCAGUGGGCAUGAUGAAAAGGAGGGUCAACCAGAACCCCAAGGGCACCAGAAUUUCGGCAAAGGGAUCCAGUCCGAAGGAGAUAGUCCGAGUUGUUCAGACGAAUUGUUGGAAGAGAAAGGAGUUAGCGGGUCAGGAGCCUCGGAGGAUUGGUCUGUCGUGGACCCGAUUUCUGAGGCUCAGAGCGUCGUCCCCAAGAAUGGCAGAGCAGGUGAAACUAAAAAGCUUGACCAAUCAGGCACUGCAAACUAUUUUUCAUCUCUCAGUGAAGAAGAUGACAAGGUUCGGGAUGAUCGAGCGGAGGAUACCUCGUCAAACUCUCUUCCUUCCUCUUCGAAGGUUGCUGCCGAGCCAGAGAUACAAAAGCUGGCAGCAGAGAAACCUUCGAGAGUUUCUUACGCUGCUGCUGCUCUCCGGGAGCCUGAAAUACAAGAGGUGGAGGAGAGCACAGAGAUAUCCUCUCAUGGAGUUUCGUCAUUGAGCUCCGUCACAGACAGGGCGCCUUUCACGUAUAAUGAUAAACCCUCUUCACUUAGGAGAAGAAAUCGGUCCUUGAAGGUCAGCGAUUCCGGCUCUAAGUCAGUGGAAUCUGAAUUGACAAGCUCCUACUCUACCGCUAGCCCAACCCCUGUCAGUCCACGGUCUCAUGACAGAGAUACCAGUUGGGCUUUUAAGGACACGACAAAUGAAACCAGUGAUGAAUGGAGCAAGGGACCAAUUACACGAGGAGGAAUCACACAGCUUAAGGCUCUAGAGGAUCUGAAACAAAAGGGUCAGGUUCAAGAUGCGCAAUCGGAGGGAGUCUCUUCAUCCGGGCGGAAUGAUACCGUCGAUGUAGAGCCCAUGGAACCCAAAAGAAAGCUCAUAUUCCCUUCAGGAUACAAUUCCGACACAGAUGAUGAUGAUGAAGAAGCAGACAGUGGGAUUAUGCGGUUGGGAAGAAGGUCAGCCAAUAGCAAAGGCAAGAAGAAGGAGGCAGCAGGUUCGUCAAAUCAAGCCGAUGAAGAAGAUCUCACGUUAGGUAAGGUUCCGAGGCGGGAGGUCUAUAAAAUACCGUACAGUGAUGAUGUGGAAGACCUGCAGCAAGGAGGAAAUUCGACUCAUUUCCUCUCGUGGCCCGCAGAACUACUUGUGCAGGCUGUUGGGUUCCAAGUGAGGCUUAUUAUCCAUGUAGUGGCCGUUGCUCUUUGGAUGUUCAACUUUACUUGCUCCUUGAUAUCUCGACCGGUUCAUCGAACCAUCCAGGUGAAGGAAAGAGCAACAGACAUGGCAACAGAUGCGGUGAAUCAAGGUUUUGGGCUUAUUUCACAGGUCAGAGAAGGUGUUGCGCAAACGGGGCCGAUUGUCACUAAACUGUCGAAAAAGACAAUGAUGGGAUGCUUGGGUUCAGCGUAUGUCGUCUUUGUUUUGAGUCUCCUCCUCAUUCCAGCUUUCUUCGUUGAUCUGAUUCUGGUGAGUCGAAUCGUGGAGGAGCCUGUUCAGCUUCGAGAAGUUUUGAACUUUGACUACACGCAGGCAAGGCCCAGUGCUACAUUUCCCGUUCUUUCAGGUCAGGAUCUUGAGAAGGCAAAGAAUCUGCCUCUGGAGAAGCUCGUUUCUUUUCGCAAAAUUCCGGCAGGCCACUACUUUCACGUCAAUGUGAUCCUAACAAUGCCAGAAUCGGAGUACAAUAUAAGACUGGGCAUGUUUCAGGUGACAGCAGAGAUGCUCUCUGCAAGAAAUCAAGUUCUGAUGCGACAAAGUAAGCCGUGCAUGCUGCGAUUCAGGAGUGCUCCUAUUCGUCUGUUCAAAACUGUGCUCUACAGCAUCCCACUUUUGAUGGGCUUUUCUACCGAGACUCAGAAGAUAGAAGUAACUGUACUCCACGCCCAAGAGAAGUUGGUCCCCACAGCGAGCGUGAGGAUUUUGCUGGAACCAAAAGCUGGGUAUCCUCAGGGUGGUGGUUUGCCUGAGCUGUAUGAGGCUGAGCUACAUCUUGAAUCAGCCUUGCCUUGGCCCAAGGCCAUCAUGCGCCGCUGGAAGUGGACGUUUUAUGUCUGGAAUGGAGUAUGCUUGUUUCUUUUCGAAGUAGCUAUAAUCCUCUGCUGCUGUCGGCAAGUUUUGUUGCCUGGCUUGGGAGGACGUGGUCAAGAUUAUGAGAACAUUGUAACAGGUGAACCAGCGGAGAAUGCUUUGAAUGAAGGCAAUACGACGAAGAAAUCAAAGGGGAGGAGGCGGGUCUACUUUGAAGAUGACUUACCCGUAUCGGAGUCUGUGCGAGGUAUUGAGGGUGAUGUGUUGCCUGUAAGUAGGUCGGGGGAAGCAGGUCACUUGAAUGGCCACAGUGAUGAUUCUGAUGCAGACGCUGGGUGGUCGAUGCCCCCUCUCGAGGAAGCCAUUUCUACUGUGGAGGAAGGAAUGAGAGCAAUGGAAGAGACAGUGAAAACCCUGGGGGAAACACUAGUGGGGGGCGUAUCAGAAGGUCUGGGUCAGGCCUUAUCGAACGUGUCAACCUCUCUUGACGAAAAGUGAUGACUCUUCGAGCUUUUUUUGAGUGGCGAGUUGUAUUAUCCACAGCCUAAAGUGGCAGACACCAAUUUUAGUCAACUUACUCUGUAAUGGAGCAAACCCGCAGGGUACAAGCACUUCGGAGGAGCUUGACACAGUUUUGUCGUCCUUCAUGGUCUGGUAGAAGUGACAAAAAUUAUUGUACAAAAGGACAAGCCUAGCGUAUUGCAGGCUAUAUAUCUGCUUCUUGGGAGACGUGUGCCUUCCACAUUAGGUGAUGUGCACAUCUGUAAAAAGCGUCGAAUUCUGGUGGCAUAUAUCGACAAGUAUCCACAAGUGGAGCACUAACUCUAACUGGGCAUUCGCCGUAUUGCAUCAAGGUAGUUGAAGAUCGGUUUUCACAUUUGAGAUGAUUAGCCUAUAUGAAUAGAUAGAGAGAAUUAGUAAUUGUCGAACGAAGUUGAAGAUGGCAUUUUGUGUUCCUUCAUGUUUCGAAGGUUCAAGGAGUGGCUCUAAAUUGUCAAAGCAUAUUUCCGGUGCUUAUGUUCUCACUGGCGCGUCGUGAUCAUGUGAAGACAGACGUGUCAUUUGACAGCACUCAGUUGUCAGUUGUAAAACGUAUGGUUCCUCAGGAGUAAUUAGUGGGUGGAAUGUAUGAACCGAUGAUCUCUCCGUGAGGACAUUCAGGUUCAGGUCCCGCGAAGGGAGAAGGAGUGUGCAGCUCGUUUCGCCUACUCUCUACGAUGUCUUUUCGUUGGAUACGAUCUGAUUUCUUUUGAUUCCAUGAUUUGGACUUGAUGCAUUCUCAUAGCAUUCAAAUAAUUCAGAUAUGAUUCAUAUCUCGUCAUACUAUUAUGGAACCAACUAGACUUCAACCUUCAUUCCUGGAUCGUGGUUUUACACCCAACUGGCAAGCAGCGAACACCAGUCAUUAGUCGGUAUAGAAACCGACUGUAUAUGAGGACAACAGUGAAUGAAACUUUUUAUCGAACACCAGAUCAAAAGUUAGUGCUCGGACCACAGUCCUUGUUAUUGCUGUCAUGACUAGACAGACAGCAGUCUUUGAGUUUAAGCUCACGCGUCGCAGCUUUCGGCUUAGAGCAUUUGGCAAGGGCAGUUCGGUGCGAGACUUAGCCUCCAAAGAUAAUACGCCAGAUGGCACCGUCGCUUGCACACAGAGAACAGUGUUCAUGAUCAGCUCUUUCGAAACAUGUGAGCUCAGUUGAUCUCACACUGAA